AUGGACGAAGAAAUGGAAAGAUGGAAUUCGAAAGAAGAAAGAGAAAUAAAAUCGGAAAUUUGUCCCGAAAUUAUGACAAACAUUCGUUAUGGUGGUGCGCAGGCAGAUGAUGACAACGAAGCAGUAAAAGCCGCAGAAGAGAGAGCACGUAAGAAAGCAGAGGUACGUAAACGUCUGGAAGAGGCUAAUCGUGCAAAGAAAGCCAAGAAAGGCUUCCUUACUCCGGAAAGAAAAAAGAAGCUACGUAAAUUACUAAUGAUGAAAGCGGCAGAAGAUUUAAAACAACAACAGAUGCUAAGAGAGCAAGAAAGACAACACGUCUUACAGGAACGUAUUCUACCUUUACCAGAUUUGGAUAACAUUCCGGACGAAGAAUUAGAAGAGAUUGCAAAAAGCAUGGCUGAAAAAUUACUGCAAUUGGAAAGUGAACAUUAUGAUAUUAAUUAUAUUGUACGUCAAAAGGAUUUCGAAAUCAACGAACUGACUAUUUCAGUUAAUGAUUUAAGAGGCAAAUUCGUGAAACCAACUCUAAAGAAGGUAUCCAAGACGGAUAACAGGUUGGCAUAA